UGCGCUUUGAGGAGCAGCAGAAUGUAUAUCUCUGUACGCGCCUGACCAAAGAGACAGGAUCUGACAUCUUUUGGAUUGACUGGAUGAAUCUGACCAAAAAAAAUAUCUCUCCAAGAUAAAGGAUUAGUGAUGUGAUGUGAUAUUUGAUGGAGCUCUGAUUGCUCAGGAGUUGCUCCAUGGAGCUGCAGUUGUCCUGUUAAAUGAGGCGGUCAUGGAGAAGCGCAGCAGCAGCUGGGGAUUACAUUUGUUCCAGCUUUUCUUUCUCGUCUUGCUCUCAGGUUAUCCGUUAUGUUGUCACGGAAGCUGGAUGUGGCUGGGCAUCACCUCUGUCGGGGUAGUGGAGAAACUGGGAUGCGCGAAUUUGCCGCUGUCCAGCAAGCAGAAGGACGUGUGUAAGCGGAAGCCUUACUUGCUUCCCAGCAUUAAAGACGGAGCGCGUUUGGGCAUCACAGAGUGUCAGUCUCAGUUCAGACAUGAGCGCUGGAACUGCAGCACCAGCAAACAGCCCUCUGUGUUCGGCUACGAGCUCAACAGCGGAACAAAAGAGACAGCUUUCAUCUACGCUAUCAUGGCAGCAGGUCUGGUCCACUCAGUCACCCGGGCCUGCAGUGCAGGGAACAUGACCGAGUGCUCGUGUGACACCACGCUAACAGGCAGUGGCUCACAAACAGAGGGCUGGCACUGGGGCGGCUGCUCGGAUGACAUCGGCUACGGGACGUGGUUCAGUCGCCGGUUUAUUGACCAUGCAACAAAGAAUGCUUCUGUGCAAGGAGAUGAGACCAUGCUCAUUAUGAACCAGCAUAACAGCGAGGCAGGGAGACAGGCUGUAGCCAAGACGAUGUGGACGGACUGCCGCUGUCAUGGCGUCUCAGGGUCCUGUGCUGUAAAGACAUGCUGGAAGACCAUGGCAUCCUUUGUGCGUGUAGGCAACUACCUAAAGGACCGUUAUGAGAAUAGCGUACAGGUGCUAGACCGCACCAAACGCAAAUUCCGUCGUAAGGAAAAGGAACAACGGCAAAGGCCCAUCAGUCGGGAAGAGCUCAUAUUCCUCAACAAGUCACCCAAUUAUUGUGUGGAGGACAGGCGCCUGGGGGUGACCGGGACUCGAGGGCGCCGGUGCAACCGCACAUCUGCCGGGCCAGACGGCUGCAACUUACUGUGCUGCGGCCGCGGAUACAACACACACGUGGUGCGUCAUGUGGAGCGCUGUGAGUGCAAGUUCAUCUGGUGCUGCUACGUGCGCUGCCGGCGCUGCGAGACCAUGAAUGACAUUCACACAUGCAAAUAAAGGGAUGAGCCAAGGACAGGAAGAUAUGAGGAGAGAUGGAAUGAAGUGAAGUAAAGUUUGACCGGGGAAAUAGAGAUGAAAUGAGUUGUAAUUUCAUUUCCUAUCCUGUACUUCUUUGAGUUUCAUCUGUCAAAUUCUUUGAUCAGUGGCACCUUCACUUGCUUGAGCAUUUGGAUCGAUUCUCGGCAAGUUGAUGAAGUGUUACUGUGAGAACUGAUGACGAAAGUGGCUUUGUGACAAGAGGGGUAAACUAAUCCAAUUCUAAUGAACGGUUUCCCUUAUAAGUCAGCCACAAAGGCAAGAAUCUAAAGAAAAAAAACUCUGGGAUACAUUGAGGAUUGGACUCUAAAGUGAGUUCAAGUGUGAACAAAUUCAGCUUAUAGUCAACUGUGCCUGUUAGUCACCUAGAUAUUAAUUCAGCCAUGAAUUAUUCGACUAAAAAUGUUUGAAUUCUUUGAUUUUUCCUUAAAGGGAGCUCUUAAAGGUUUAAAGUAGAAUGCUGCCAUAGAGUGCUUAACUAGCAGAGAAGCCAAAGAAUCAAAGAUACUUAAAAAAAAACACCAUUAUCAUGCUUUUGAUAACUUAUGAGUUGUUUGAAAUACUUAUAUAAUGUAAAUAGUCGAAAUAAACGAUGAGGUUCGUCUUGCAUAACCCUUGAAGGUUCUAAGUAGAACUUUAGUAGAUAGGGUUGUCCUUUUUAUGAAAAGUACUAUCCAUUGAAACAAUUAACAAUCCAAAGAACAAUUAAAGAACCUUUUUCAACAAGAUUCAUUUUUGUCUACUGAAAAAACAACAAACUUACAAAUCCAGAGCCAUUAAGUUCUUCUUCCGAGGAAUGCUUUGAAAUUUCUAUGUAAACCCAACAGGUGAACCUCAGAAAGCUAAACCCAUUAACCAUUUAAACAACCACUUCAGAAGUUUUCACAUCCAUCAUGGAGUAGGAUUCUUCUGUCUUGUCUUUCUGGGAAAGAACCCAUAACCCAUCUACUCUAUGUAGAGCUGUGUAACAUGUACAGUAGAUAUAUCCAACAUCCACUUUGACAUAUACUGUAGGGUUAUUCAGUAUUCAGUCCUUCUGAGUGACAGCUCGAACUUUCUAAACGACCACCACAGAAUCAUAUUUAUCAAGUCUGGUACAAUGUUAAGAGUUUCUUCCUCCUUCUAUAACCAUCUGUUCUGCAGAACUGCUUUAGAAACAUAGAACAGUGUGGCAUCCAAAAAAACAGCAGAACCACGUUUUUUUCCUAUGCAAGUACAAAAAAAGCAUAAUAAUAAGCUUAAAUGUGUUAAAAACAGAGUCUGUCAAUCUUCUGGGGAACUUCUCUCUAAAACCAUGUAGCAGUGGGCCUCAUAUUCACAAAAGGUUCAAAUUAGAACUAUUAACCAUCCAAAACAACCACAACAAAACGUAUUUUAUUCUAAACCAGUACAACCAUAGAGAAGAAAAAGUUAAAUGUAUCAGUGUAUAGGUUUCUUUGGUCUUGUAAUUCUGGGUGAAAUCUUAAAGUGUCUAUCUUAAACUCUAGCAGUGUGUCAAACUUUUAUAAAAAGUUCCAAGUAGAACUUCAUUAGAGAUAGGAACCGUUAUCCAUCCAAACAAACAGCACAAAGCCUGUUUUAUUUGAAGCCAGUACAAUGAAAAAUAAAGAUAGAAAUACGUUAUUUUGGUCUUGUUCUUCUGGGUGAAACAUUAAAGGUUCUUUAAUGUCUAUCUAAACCUCUGAAUGGUUGGUCUUGCUUUGACAAAUGAUUUCAAGAAGAAGUACCUUAAAGCAAGAGAACCAUGAACCAUCCACACAAAAGUCAGUCUUGGCUUUCUAAGAGAACAUUUUAAAGUUUGUUAGAAUAAAUUGGUUCUCUUUCAGAAAUGGUCCCAAGCCAAUUACCCUUUUGAAAUCUAGAACUAAUCGAAAUACUAUGUAAAAAAAAAUAUUUCUAUACUUUUAAUUUAGUAUGAAGAGCUGGGUGUAGAACUGAAGUUCCUGUAUAUUUUAAAUGACCCCUUUAGACUCAACCUUCAUUCGUCUAAUGUAAGAACUUUCUGAUGAUGUCUGUUCCUUUUGCCCUAUUCAUUAAAACGGGUUGUUUUUAUCCUUCUGAAGGAACCCUUAGAGGUACUGGACUUUUCAGCAAAGUUUAAAGCUCAUCAACCGUACUAUAUAAAGAAUGCUUUUUUAAAAAAACAACAAAAAAACAACAACAAAACAAAACAAAGUAUAUGCCUAGCAUCAGUGCUCUUAGCGUGCCUGACAUGCUCUCUUUCACUACAAGAAGUCCUGAUUUGUUAGUCGUCACAAACAUAUGCCAAAUACCACAAGUAUUUUCUUUUAAAAACGGCCCUAAAAAGCUAACGCAAGUGACACUUAAGCGCAAGUGACACUUUGUUAAAGCUUCCUCAAGGCUCUUACUCAACACACUGGCAGCUGCUUAUUGUCUUACACACUUGAUUGCACUUGUGAGGGAAUUUUUUUCUGUUUCUGGUUUGUUGUAACUGCCUCAGCUAUCUUCUGUCAGGAAACCUUGUAUCAAAAACAAAUCACUGUUCCAGAGUAAAUGGGGAUGUGGUAGCUAAGCGGUUAAGACGUUGAACUACAGCUUGGAAGGUUGUGAGUUCAAACCCAAGGUCCACUGAGCUGCUGCUGCUGGGCCCUUAACCCUCAAUUGCUCAGUUGUAUGAAAAUGAGAUAAAAAUGUAUGUUACUCCGAAUAAAGGCAUCUUCCAAAAUCCUGU